UGGUAUCUACCGAGAGUCAGCGGCUUUCCUCGGCCGAACGUGUACUGCGUUUCCUACCUAAAGAGUCAAACUGCCAUAACUAUGUGUUCACCGACAGGAUUUGAAUCCGUGGAAUCUUGAAUUUACAAAUCAACAGAGAAUGACUCGGUUACGUACGCACCCUCUCCAGAUUUAGCCGAACGUCAGGGUAUGCCACGUCUGCUCAACACACCUGCGCACGUGUUAAAGCCCCUGAUGGUGGAUGACUUGAAAUAUGACGUAAUGUUGGACCGCACCUGCGCAGAGAAGAGGCUGCCCGUGAAGACUUGAGUUCAUCCACCUCACCAGUUCAUCCACUCCAGCAAUGGGAAGGAUUAGUAUUUCCUGCCUGUUUCCAGCUUCCUGGCACUUCACCCUGUCUCCUGUGGUGGUGCCCCGGUUCCUGUUGCCUUCCUUCAGGCAGUUGCUGCUUCUGGGUCUGCUGGCUUGUGUGAUGGGGCUGCUGUACCUGCUGCUGGUCACGGGGAAGGGCCAGUACAGCUGGUUAAGAGAAGACCGGCACUACCACACACGUUUGGGUCGCGUGCCGGAUAUGGAGGCCACGGACACCAAUAACCCCAACCUGAACUACGGCCUGGUGGUGGACUGUGGCAGUAGUGGCUCCCGUGUGUUCGUGUACACCUGGCCACGGCAUAACGGCAACCUGCACGAAUUGCUGGAUAUUAAACAGAUGAGAGACAAGCACAGGAAGCCUGUAGUGAUGAAGAUCAAGCCAGGUAUCUCCGAGUAUGCAUCCACACCAGACAAAGCCAGUGACUACAUCAGCCCUCUCCUGAGUUUUGCUGCUCAGCACAUCCCAAAAAACAAGCACCAGGAGACCCCUCUGUACAUCUUGUGCACUGCAGGGAUGAGAGUCCUGCCUGAAAGCCAGCAGGAGGCCCUGUUGGAGGACUUGCGGACAGACAUUCCUGUGAAUUUUAACUUCCUGUUCUCUGACUCCCAUGUGGAGGUCAUCUCAGGCAAACAGGAAGGAGUAUAUGCAUGGAUAGGAAUAAACUUUGUUCUGGGGCGUUUCAAUCACGUCGCAGAUGAAAACGAGGCCGUGGUGGAAGUGCAGAUUCCUGGCAGUGACCAGCAGGAGACACUGGUGCGCAGACGUACAGCUGGCGUGUUGGACAUGGGUGGCGUCUCCACUCAGAUCGCAUACGAAGUGCCCAAAACUGUAAGCUUUGCUUCUCCACAGCAGGAGGAGAUAGCCAAGAAUUUACUGGCGGAGUUUAACCUGGGUUGCGACGCACACCGGACAGAACAUGUGUAUCGUGUUUACGUCUCGACGUUUUUGGGUUUCGGGGGAAAUGCAGCCCGGCAUAGAUAUGAGGAAAGCCUCAUCAGCAACACGCAAAUCCAAAACAAGCUGCUGGGUCAACAUCAAGGAGAGAGCGCAGACUCUCCCGUCCUGGACCCCUGUCUGCCACCUACCCUCCAGGACGAGGUGGGACCUCCGGAACAGAAGGUGCACCUGCGAGGCACUGGAGACUUCGAACGCUGCCGAUUGAUGCUCCAGCCGUUCCUCAACCACACCAAUGACACAAACACAUCGCUUAAUGGAGUCUACCAGCCGCCUAUUGACUUUCCCAACAGCCAGUUCUAUGGCUUCUCUGAGUUUUACUACUGUACAGAAGAUGUACUGCGCAUGGGAGGAGACUACAACUCCUCCAAAUAUGCCAAAGCUGCUCAGAAUUACUGUGCCACCCAGUGGAAAACUCUGAAAGAGCGUUUUGAUCGUGGUCUGUACGCCUCACAUGCUGAUGUACACAGACUGAAGUAUCAGUGCUUCAAGUCUGCGUGGAUGUAUGAGGUGCUCCACUCAGGUUUUGCGUUCCCACCGGCGUAUGAGAAUCUCAGGACGGCCCUGCUGGUCUAUGAUAAAGAGGUGCAGUGGACACUUGGAGCCAUUUUGUACCGCACACGUUUUCUACCUCUAAGGGACAUCCAGCAGGAGAGUCUGAAGGGCACUCACUCUCACUGGCAUCACAGCUUCUCUUUCAUGAAUAACCACUAUCUCUUCCUGGCCUGUUUUCUGGUGGUGGUUUUGUCCAUCCUAUUGUACCUGCUCCGUCUGAGGCGCAUUCACAACCGCUCGACACUCCACCGCGGUGCCUCUGCUUCUGUCCAAUGGCUGGAGGAAGGCCUGGGUUCACCAGACCUCCCAAUUACCCUAUAGGGCCUGGACCCUGUCAGUCACAACAACUGACCAAUCACCGGAAGAGAGCCUUCACUCACUAUGGUUUUUGUAACUUUUUGUCACCGAACAUGGUUCUGGACCCCAGCUAUUUCUUUUCCUUCAAUCUUCAUUUCGGCCCCUCACUGGCCAAAUAUGUCAAUGUGAAGACUAAACUUAUUGCAGAUUCACACAAUUACAUUUUCAGGCAAGGCCGGUGAACAUUUACUAUGAUGUUCAUGCAUUAAGAUUGCAGCUCCACUCGUUGCCCGGAAAAGACCGAAUGCAAUGAUCUGGUUGCCUUUGCUCCGCUUUGAUAUUAUUUGUUUAUUUAUUAAUUGUAUUUAGAAUUCUGGGGCUUUUUUUAUUUUAUUUUAUUUUUUUCAUUUUCAGUGUCACUAUCAAUGUCAAAAAUGUUGAUAACAUAGAGUAGGUUUAUAUCUGUGUUCUCAAUUUGAUUUACUGUAUGCGACCCAUAGUUUAGACUCAUAUUUGCCUCAAACUCAAGAUCACGUAAUUAAAAAUGUUAGAAGAUGUGGUGGUGCCAAAGAGAAAUGAAGUGAGUUUAAUUGAAUAUUCAAUGUUUGUAGCACCAAACAUACCACAGUGGGAAGAGUUUUAAUUUUCUAUAUACAUUAAGAACUUUUGCUCUUGGAUUUUAGACACUCAUGAUAGAAAGCAAAACUGUUUUGAAUAUCCUUUAAAACUAAAAUUCCAGGCACAUUUUGAAAGUUUUGGUAAAUUUUUAAUACAGUUUAAAAGUUUUGGCUAUUUUUCCAUUUGACGAUUUUACCAUGAAUUUGAAGGAAUGUAAAGGGUGAAAGAGAAAAUGUAAAUGAAUACUUCGUGUUAUAGGGAUAAUUCACACAAAAUUGAAAAUUCUCUCAUUUACUCAACCUCGUGCCGUCCCAGAUGUGUAUACCUUUCUUCAGCAGAAUAUUUCAGCUCUGUUGGUCCAUACAAUGCAAGUAAAUGGUGACCAGAACUCUGAAGCUCAAAAAACACAUAAAGGUAGCAUGAAAGUAAAUCAAAUGACUCCAGUAGUUAAAUAUGUCUUAAGAAGCAAUAUGCUAGUUGUGGUGAUGAACAUCAAUAUUACAGGCCUUUAUUACUAUAAAUGUUCCUCCUUGUCCAGAAGGUGGUGAAAAAUGUGAAAAUCCAAAAACAAAAGAAUGUAGAAGUGGAUAUUUAUAGUAAUAAAAUGACUUAAAUAUGUAUCUGUUUCUCACCCACACCUGUCAUAUUGCUUCUGAAGACAUGGAUUUAACCACUGGAGACUUAUGGAAUACUUUUAUGAUGCCUGAAGUGAUUUUUAUAGAUUAAAAUUUCUGAUCACCAUUCACAUGCAUUGUAUGGACAAACAGUGCUGAGAUAGUUUUCUAAAAAUCUUCUGAGUUCAGCAGAAGAAAAAGUCAUGCACAUCAGGAAUGGCAUGAGGGUGAGUACAUGAUGAGAGAACUUUCAUUUUUGUGCGAGGAUGUACAAUUAGGUUUUAUUUUAGAUACUACAGUGUUAAAGUUUCAAAAUCAUACUACAGUUGUUGCUUGUCUGAGUUUAUGUGGGAUUAUGAGCAUGUAUUUGUGGUUGAAGUAUACGCACUUUGAAUUUUAGUUAAUUUUUUUAGUUUAUUGCCAUGGGGGGCUACUCUAAAUUGGGUAAUCUGAUAAGGAUCAGUGCAAUAUUCUUCAUGUUUUCAUGUCUUGGGUUCAGCUUCUGCGUCCUGGAAUGCUUACGAUUUAAAAGACAAUUUCUGUUCAUAGUUUUGCCAAGGUCUAAUGAAAUUGUGACAGAUUCCAAUGAUAAAUGAUAAAACAUGCACCUAUAAGCCAUUUUUAAUGAGGAAGACUGAUCUGCACAUGUACGUCCAUGUGUUUCAGUGCUAAUUCGCAACUUUUCUCAUACUUUCUCUGUCAAUUGUUUUUCAUUGCUCACUGUGAACUGUUGGUAUUUAUGAAAGGUAUCAUAUUCAUAAAAACUGUUAAAAAGACAUAUUUGCACGCAGAAAACAUCAAUCAUGUCAAUGUUGAUAAAGACAAAGAGAAAUUGAAAAUGUUUUAAGUGGGCUUAUUUCCUUAUUUAUGGUGCUUGCUAAGGAGAAAGUGUUGGGUAAAUUACUCUAAAAUGUUAUUAAUUUCUAUCUACUAAUUACAUAAUCUACAGUGUAAUUAGAUUACUGUACUAAUUACUCUGUCUGAAAAGUAAUUGCAUUACUAAUCACUUUCUAAAAUCCUUCUCAAACUG